GCAUUUUUGGUAGGAAAGUUACCUUACCGCGAAUUCCUUCCACCGGAAAUUUAUAGGUUCCAUCGAUCUCGUCAAUUUCCCUAAUUUUACUGGGUGUUUGUUUUACACUCUGUUCUGUUUCUGCUUCCGAUUUCUCUCAUGGAGAUUUGUGGGUCCGACAUGCGAAAUCUGGAGGUUUUUGCUGGAGUUUAGAGGAAAAGAACCCAGAAGGCUAUUGUGCAACAAAGUCAAAUAUUUUGUUGAUUUGCUGCAAUAUCUGGGUUUUCAAUGUAAUUCGGGUGUAUUCAAGCAGCAGCAUUGAUCUUUGUUUCGAUGAGGAAGAAGAGGAAAGGGAGUGAAGCUGAUGCAUCUCCUGAGGUGUUAACCAAUUUUGCAGCAUCCCAUGAAUCGAGAUCAUCUAAUCUUAGAUCUCAUUACUCUCUAGAAGACUAUGUGAGGAUAAAAAAGAGGUGCAAAGAAGAUGUGAUUACCCAACCUAUUGGUUCUUGUAAGAGUAGACUUGCAGGCAUUGCUACUGCUCCCCCUUGUGGUGCCUCAUCUUUGGUCCCACCAGGGAGAGGUCUGAAGAGGAAGAUAGGGUGCAUAGAUGUAAUUACUCGAACAGGUCGGAAGAAUAAGAUUGAGGAUGACUAUGUUAAGGGUGGCACAAUCGGUCAAGGGAAAUUUGGGUCAGUGUGGUUGUGUCGAUCUAAGAGUACUGGAGAGGAAUUUGCCUGUAAAACUUUGCAGAAAGGUGAGGAGACAGUGCAUAAGGAGGUGGAGAUAAUGCAGCACUUAUCUGGUCAUCCUGGGAUUGUGACUUUGCAGGCCGUGUAUGAGGAGCAGGACUGUUUUCAUCUUGUAAUGGAGUUGUGCCCUGGAGGGCGAUUGAUUGACCAAAUGGUGGAGGGUCGGUAUUCAGAGCAGCGAGCAGCCAAGAUUUUCAAGGAUGUUAUGUUGGUUAUUAAGUAUUGUCAUGAUAUGGGAGUUGUGCACAGAGAUAUAAAGCCUGAGAAUAUUCUCCUUACAACUUCAGGAAAUAUAAAGCUGGCAGAUUUUGGUCUGGCAAUGAGAAUUUCCGGUGGUCAGACCUUGUCUGGUUUGGCUGGAAGUCGAGCUUAUGUUGCACCUGAGGUCCUUUUAGGGAACUAUUCUGAGAAGGUCGAUGUAUGGAGUGCUGGUGUAUUGCUGCAUGCUCUCUUGGUUGGUGUUCUUCCAUUUCAAGGCCACUCCUUAAAAGAAGUGUUUGAAGCAAUCAAGAAUGUAAAGCUUGAUUUCCACACAGGGAUAUGGGAAUCAAUAUCUAAACCAGCACGUGAUCUGAUAUCAAGAAUGCUGACAAGGGAUGUUUCAGCAAGGAUAACCGCAGAUGAAGUACUCAGGCAUCCAUGGAUAUUGUUCUACACGGAGUGCGCAUUGAAGACAUUAUCCAUCAAAUCAAAAUCAAAGAACCAAGUAAUCAGAUCUUCCCAACAAGUUCUAAUCUCACCUGGAUCAGAGUCAAAUGUAAACAGGGUCCUGGGUGGCCCUCAUGCUCAGGGUCUACACACACUAUUAACAUCUGAUAAUUCUAGCCGUAAGUCUGAGGAACAAGAUGAAAGUGAUUUUGUGGAUGCACUUGCUGUAGCAAUUUCACAUGUGAGGAUUUCAGAGCCCAAGAGAAGCAGACUCUGUAGUCCUGCAGGACCAAGAGAGCAGCAACAUUCAGUUAACUUGACGGCUAACAAUCUCUGUAGAGCAUUUUGAUCCUGCUGAUGGACUGACACCACUAACAUGAUUAUUAUCUCCACUGUUUUUUGAGCUGGGGAUUUGGAAUUAACUUGCCCUGGUGCAAUUGCCUGUGGAGUGGGCAGACGUGAUGCUUACAAGAGAAGAACAACACUGGUGACUUUCUUUUUGACGCAUUUGACUUCUGCGUCUUUGUUAACUAAAUAAUUCCUUUUAGCCAAAUGAUUUAGGAGGUUGAAUUCAUGUACAGAAUUAUGUAAAUAGAAUGUUUCAAUGCAUACUACUAUUAUGUUCUGUUUCCUAAUAUGAUAAAAGAGUGAAAUACAA